CUUUAUCGAACACGCGUUGGUGCUCGUGGUUAUUUGCCGAGAGCUGUCACUGUCUGGGUCAGUUGGCAACAGACCAUCGGGGUGGUCAUAAGUGCUUGCAUCGAUGUAAUCCUGCACCCGUCAAAUCCCCUUCAUCGAGUUCGCACGCAACGGGCAACCGAGGGGCUCGUCUUGGACGACGUGACAGAAGGAUUGGAACAGCGAGAGACGAAUUCGCGAGUGCGUCGACAGUUCCGGAAAACCAUGGGGCUCGUCAGGAUCAUUUGACCCACGGGAACGACUCCAGGCUCGGUGGAUCGUGCUACCUCGCGUGAUAUUAUAAAUCGGUAUGCACUGUCUAGGUGCAGUGGCAGGAGGCAUUCCCAGCCUAAAUGGGGUUGGCGGUCGGGGUGGCAUUUUCAGCGUGUUCCGAGCCCUUGGGGUCCUUGUAUGCGAAGGGAGGAUUCAGGGCCCUCCACGUGGCUACAAAGAGGGCCCACACUGUGCAGCGCCCAUGCAGGCGCUGCCUAACGGCCACGUGUGCGACGAAGAUAAUUACUUGUGUGAUCGAUACCUUGUGCUUGUACGAGAAAUUGCGGAUCGUAUCGCGAUCGGUUCGUUCUUAUGCAUCGAAGUAGUGCUGUGCAGUGACUGCCCAUGCGGUUCGGCCAAAUCUACGAACAAGAACCCGAUCAGCACUGUGCCGUCCUUAUCAAUCUCACCAUGGCAACAAGCGUCGGAAAUGCUGCUGGAAUAUUGGUGUGUUUCCGUUGUACCCAGCAAGAGUCCAGAGACCAUGAAUUAUUAUGGGUUGUAUCAAGCUGUUCGUUCGAGACUUCACUUCAGCCAGGUCGCCGCUUGGUGGUCCAGAAGUAACGGCGUCGAGCCUAGUUACAUCGUGACGAGGAUGGUUCCACAUAACGAAGAAACUCUGAGGAAAUUCCGAGAAGCCCCAGUUGAGCACACGUUCCCCUUGGCUGGUAACGGCGAUGGAAAUUCGAUAAAGGUCACCGUGUGGGCACUGCCGAGGAUGGAGGAGGUGCCGAGUCUCACCUGCCCGUUGCACCCGAUUAAAGAGAAAGACGAGGAGGGUGUCGCGAGGGCUUUGACACCCACCAAGGCUAACCCGGUUCCCAGUGCUGCGCAAAAUCCUGAAAGCCUCGUUUUGCCUGCUUUGGUGGAUGACAGGCUCCAGACGCCGUGCAACAAGCCUGGAAAGCAUCAUUGUCCUUGCGAAGAGGAAGAUGUCUCACCACCAUCACCAGCGAUACCGCGACAGAAUCGCGAGAGGAAACGCCGUCGAUCGCUUCCUUGCGGUCCUACCGAGACGAGCACCUGUGUGACGAUUCAACCGAUGCCUCUGCCGUCUCUGCGGGAACUCGUAUCGCACGAAUCGAAGGACAGUCACAGCUCCAGCUAUCCGAAAUGUUCAACCGAGAUCACGAACAAUCGCGGGGUCGUCAAGUCUGCGCAAGGUCAGAGUUGCAAGUUCGAGGACAACACGCUCAGGAAUCGAAACAAUCUAAACUCUGACAAUCUGGAACGCUCCUUCAAGACGCAACUGAGCAUCGACGAUCGGGAGGGAAACUUGGAGAAGCGGUACAAACGGACGAUUGAGGAUACUGAAUUGAAGUGCGUGUCGAAUUGCAAGGAGAAGCAGUGUAACUUGGAGAAAAAGCAAAAGGAGACCGAGAUGAAGUCAUCGGAGAAAAACGGUAUUUUCGAGAACCUCAUACCUUUCAAUUCCUCAUUGCCUUGGUCUUUUGUGGAGUCUUGGAAUAAUAGUAACGCAAAUGGAAAGUGCGCUUUCCAGAGUUUCCGAACGAACAAGGAGAGUUAUUUCCACGACUCCGAGACAACAUACAAGCCGCCAGUCAACAAGGAUUCGAGCCACGUAAUCAAUCCCUUCAGGCAACCUAGUCCCUUUCACGAGUCAAAUCCUGGCCCUUCAACGAAUAACCGAUUGAAACUGGAUUCUGCUUGUAUGGUACAUCAAAGCUGCGCUAAAUCGUCGAACAAACUGUCGAAUUCUGAAGCAGUGUUUCAUGGACAUGAAUCUGUAGAGUCGGAUAACGGCUCAAACCACAGAGGAAGAUCUGGGAAGGAUUUGAGUCAAUUGAUAUCAAAACUGUCUUUUCCUGAAGAUAAAGACAGAUCGAAAGAGGAAGGAGGAUUCUUGGAGUGGUUCAGCAAAGUUCCUGGCCGAGUUCUGGGUGUGACACCUAAUAUUGGUUACGCAGAGAAUAAAAUGAAGGGUACUAAUUUGAAGGGGCAGGAACAGCACGGGAAUGAAGUGAGAUUCAAAAACUGCAAUUUAGAAUUGAGUCAGCAGGAAUUCGACGAAGUUCUGGCUGUGUUAAGGGCUAGAACACCGUCCGAACGGAAGAGAACAAGCGUCAGGUCGAUGAAGCGACGAGAGAGAUUAGAAAAGUCGUUUCAAGAUGGGACGGACAAGUACGUAAAUUUAGAGAGUAGUGAGUGUACGGCAAACAAUAUGGUGAAUCGCGCGAAACCAUGUGAAGGUUGUAGCCACAAGCUGUGCAGGAAAAACGAUCAGCAGGUUUUAGAGAAAACCCAUUUCUCUGAGAUCUAUGGCAAUAAAAAUAUUUACAAUCCCUCUCAGAAACGUGAGAAACUUGACGAUAGUGGAUCGAACGAGGAUCUACAGACUAUUAAAUGCAAUAAUUCUGAAAGACGGACAAACGAACCUGUGGACUGUCUACAGAACGUAUCGAACAAAGCGGACAUACUAUUGGGAGCAAUUUUACGAACCAGUAAAGAUCGUAGGAACUUAUCGGAAGUUUCCAAUGGGACCAAAUCGAGAUCCACGUCGUUAGCAACAGCCAUCAACGAAAUGGAGAUCGAUCGAAACAACGUGUCCUCCGACAAAAUGCAUUCGGAACAGAAAACUGUGCCAUUGGAGGACGAGAAGUCGUUGCCAAUGGCGUUUAAUAAGAGAUUCAAUCGAUUCCGCCAGCUUUUCAAAAAAGAGCAGGAGAAAAAAGUGACCUUGGCCGAGGAGGGCAGUUCACAAGAUGUUGUUCAACAGAGCGGUCAACGUUCGUUCUCGUACAAUAACGUCCAGCCAAGCCUGCACGAUCCAAAGAAUCUGAGGGACAACAAAGCGAAGAGGAGGAUCAAUUUCCCGAAUGUUGUCGAACAAACGGAGAAGCGUGUCGCGUGUCCCGAUCUUUCAGAGCUUAGUACAAAUGGCGCACAUCAAAAACCACGAACCUAUAGUACAAAUUAUAAGAAGGAUAGAUGCGAUUAUGACGAGGUAGAGACGUGCAAAUGGCAAAAUAGGCUGCAUAGUACAAAUGAAGAGGACAGCACAGUCGAGCAAGAAGAAGAAGACGAGGAGGAGGAAGAAGAUGAUGAAACUAAGCUGUGCAACGAUUGUAUUUCGACACCAGGGAAAAAUAAUUAUUUGCCUUCGAAAAUUCGAAGCAACAGUAUCGGCAAAGAUAACACCGUGGAAGAAGAUGAGACUGUGGAUAAAGCGGUGCCAACUGCGAUCGAGCAAGAGAGAUUUCGGCGGUCCUUGGAGAACGCUGCCUCGAUGGUGUUCCACAGUAGAACUGGUUUGCCCUUGACAUCUAGCCCAGCACCUUUAAGAAGGGGCAGCUGUUGCUUCGAUUACGAUAGCAGCCUGAAUUCCGUCUCCUCGAAAAGAAGUGCACUGUUCGAGUUGAAUACCCCACCAAGCCCAGGCGCGGUGUCGCUGGAAGAGACCGACAGAGAUACUGAAAAUGCUGGCGAAGGAGAGGAAACGCCGAAAAGACGCUCAUCGUCGCGUAGCAGACCACAGAGUCACGCCCUUUUAGGCAGCUUUGAGGAAUCGGCUCUGAAUGGUAGACUCGAACCUGUGUCGACGGUUCACGGUUUUACGGCAGAAUUAGGUGCGAGCGGUUCCUUUUGCCCGAAACAUCGAAAGCUUCCGGUCACUGUGUUUUUCUACACCCUCGGUGACAAUGACAAAGUUUCUACGCCCUAUCUCGCACAUAUUAAUUUGGGCAAAAAGGGCUACCAAGUACCAAGAAGCGGUACUAUUCAAGUAACGCUUUUCAAUCCUUUGGGUACAGUCGUUAAGAUGUUCGUAGUACUAUACGAUCUUUCCGAUAUGCCACCACGAUCUCAUACUUUUUUACGUCAGAGAACACUGCGGGACAAAACACUACGCUACCUCGUACAUCUUAGAUUUAUGUCCGGCAAAUCGGGUCGGAUUUAUUUGCAUACGGAUAUCCGUAUGAUCAUUUGUCGCAAAUCCGACGUCGAUACGGCAUCGGAUUUCGGGUCAGAGCCACCAAAGGAAUUACGAAGCUACAUCCACGGCCCUACCAAUCCGAAAUUUUCGCCAAGGUGCUGAGCCGCGUGGCUCUUUCCAUGGGGUUGCUGUCAGUCGCUCCGCUCGCCUAGUCCCCUUCACGCAGACGUUUAAACCGAGAGCAGUUUUUCUUACCAGUCCCAGUCAAAUGUUCAGAAUGCGUUGUUCAAACAAAGUGUCGAUUAUGCAUUGAUUAAGGAUUGAGACAAUUUAAGAGAAAAGAGACGCGAAAUAUCUCAAGGCUUCACUCGUAAUGAUCAUCUAGUUUUUCGAACAGAAAAUUUCUUUAUGCAAGGAUGUAUUUGGGACUGGUGAGAAACCUUUGUGGAAAUGAUCCUUUUGAGAGGAAGAUUAUGAAAAAUUAUUUACGAAAGCAAUUGGAGGUAAUAUAAUAUUUUGGGAUGGUUUUUACAAAAAGAAGGAGAGAUAAUUCAAUGGAUGGAAACAGUGGGAAAACGUUUAAAGAGAAAAAUCAUUUGUUUUGUUAAAAGAAAUAUUGCGGAUGAACAAGUAGAAAAAGCGUUUAAAGGGGAACAUCUUAUGAAAAUCGUUUCUCUCAUAGUUCAUAUCUAGUUCAUUUUGUUCCUCUUUGAUUUAUCAGUGAUAUUGCUUUCGAUGUGAAAAAACUACGUGUGGUUAAGGUUCUUCGGUUUUGUUGUUGCUGUUCAGCCGAAAUAUGAAAUUUAUCGAAAUGAUUUUUCGUUCAGAAUUAAUUUAUUUGGUGAAGAUCGCUGUUUUUAAUUUUUGUGUCUUUCAUAUUACGAGCAAAGUUGAACUUCGGUUUUGCAAUCGCGGCUUCUCUUCAAAUAAAUGAAAAUGAACAAAGUUUCUAGCUGCCUGAGCUCGUCGAUUUAAUCUAGUAAGCUAGACGAUCUCCUUGGAAGGCCAUCUUCUCAAUUUAUUGUUGUAAAUAUAAGUCAUGUGUAAAGUUUAAGAUUAAGAAUUUUUUUUAAUGGGACGAUGCUGUCGUGUGUGUGUAGCACUCAACGUUUAAAAAAGGCGAAAGGGAAAGAAGAAAGGAAGAAAAUAAGUGAUACGAGCACGAGAAAAUACUAAGAAUCGAGUCUCUCGUUGACAUUGAAAAGAAUCCUCAAACUAUUGUACAAAAGAUGAAAAGAGAACUAUGUGAUCUAGAAAAUCGUUUAAAGUGUAAUUUAAAUAGAUGUCAUUUAUAUCGAUUCGUUAAUAUUUUCAGAAGAAAAUUGAAAGACGGUUAAAGACGUCGUUUAUUUUAUUAAAAAAAAAGGAAAAGAAACAAGAAAGAAAAACAAAGGUAGAGAUGGGGCGGAGAGUAAAAGGAAGAAAAUCUAACGGAAGAACAUGCAUUCUCGCGUGAGAUAAAACGUAGCUUGCAAGAUCAACGAGUGGCUAGAUUACGCGACUUUUCCUGCUCGAUGAAAAUGAAUCAUUAUUUACACGUAUAAACAGAACACAAUUUUGUGUCCGUAGCACUGUGAUGAAUAUUUUGAUAGAUUGUAAAGAGUAAUUAUUAUAAAGUAUCUAUUUGAGUAGUGAAUAUGUCCUAGAUAUUAAUUAAUAAUUGUACUAAUGUCGUAUGAGGAAUGUAACCGAGCGUAAUUACUAACCGUAAAAACAAAUUAUAUAUACCUUUCACAGUCACAAGGCGCUCAUUAUUGUCUUCGCAUUAAAUCACAUUAAAAUCGAUUUACCUUAUCUUUCCAUACGAAACAAGAAAUAAAAAAUAUUUGAUAAGAACACAUUCGUACGAAAACCGAUCGGAUUUCACCUGAAAUAUGCAUCGUUAAAUUUUAUAAUUAAUUUCUCUUCAUAUUGCCUUUUGCAAUUUAAAUGAAACAAUAGAAUAUGCUUUUUCAAAUUUGUCUACAUCGAGAAUUAAAUGCAGGACUAGAAAUCCAGAAUAUCCCAGAACUUAUUUGUAUACGCUUCAGAUAAAAUUGGUAUUCGAUUAGUUUCGACGCAAUAGAUUAUGCGUAGACGUAACAGGCGCAGUUUGUGAUUUGUUAAAGGAAAUUUGUCUUUCUAAUGAGAAGAAGAGAAGCGUUAACUAGGCUUGACAAGUACGUUCUAUAGGUAAUCUGACGAACACGUUCAUGUUUGAUCUGCGCCGAUAAUCUUUCAUCCGAGUCAAAUACGACGAUUAGCCGAAGAGAAUUGGGUUAAUCCAAUUUCAUUGAUCGACAAAGAAAGAAAUGCGUGGGAACAUCGCGUGGUUGUUCCCAGGCUUGAAACAUACAAGUUUAAUGUUACAAAAUUUUUUUGUAGCACGUAUACUGUACGGCAAAGAAAUGUAGAGUGUGUAAUCACUGCCAUGCUGUAUAUACAUACAUCGUAGUAUAGCUGAACCGUUGAAUAACAAUUUAGGGAAAUCUUAGCAAUAGUUCUUCGCCUGAUCGAUUUGACCAGAAACAGAACCAAAAGUUGGGUCCGUUGAAAAAUGUCUAAAUGACAUCGAUUUCGUUUCUCCACCGUUCUUUCAAAAAUUUUUACCCAUACGUUGGUAUCAACUGAUUUUUCGUGUAUCGGAAUAUUUAAACAUUUUCUAUCGGCCGAUUAAAUGCAGAUAUUUUUCGACUGGAUCUCGCUUGUGGAACGUUAUAAACACAAAGUGUAUACCUUGUGAAUUCUAAUAACAUAUUUUCCCAGAUUAUUAAAAGGAAACUCGCUUGAUAGCUUUAAACCGAUCAAAUCUUCGCGAUGCGUGUAAUUAAUUUUCAUACGACGAAAAAUCGAACGAAAAUACGUGCAAUUCAUUAGUGUACCUUUUUGGAAAUAACGUACGAACGAACAUGCAUAGGUCAAGAUUGUAUUUUUGGAAUCUGCAAUCCUGAACCAAACCUGUACACAAACUUGUAGGACGCGCACUAAGAACUUUAUUAUUGUGAUAAACUUUUAUCUCGGAUUAGAAGUCGGUAAUAAUUAUCUCGAAGUCGAACGCAUUAUUCUCUUGUUGCUGAGUAAGGUGGGACGAGUUAAUUCGACGGUGCCAAACUCGAGAAAAAAAAUGGAAGGAAUAAAAAUGGCUUUUAAAAUAGA